CUUCCGGUCGAGACGCAACCCGAUCAGAAGCGUUUACGGAGCGUCGGCGUCUCAUGGUUCCGCCGUGGAAAUGGCCUCCUCUGGUCACCUAGCUCUAAAUGCCAAAUGAGGCGAUAUCUGCCGGAGUCGACCGAGAGAAGAUAGCCCCCCCUAACCCCACACCCACCACCCCUUCGGAGCCGCUAGCUUAACCCCCCGUCGAGCGUCGGGAAGUUUGUUUUCGGUAAUUUCGAGUGGGGUGACCAGGCAGAAAAAAAGAGAAAACAACAAUGCCACAUUUCUUGUGGUCGGAGUCGCUGUCGCCCGCUCAACUUAAGCGGCUGGAGGAGCACAAGUACAGCGCCUCCGGUCGAUCCCUGUUCGAGCCGCCGUGUCAAAUCUACUGGAACUGGCUGGUGGAGCAAAUACCGACAUGGGUCGCGCCGAACACCCUGACUAUCGUCGGACUGCUGAUCAACAUCUUCUCCACGGUGGUGCUGAUGUAUUAUUGUCCCACGGCCACGGAGGAGGCUCCGGCGUGGGCCUUCAUCAUGAGCGCCCUGGGCCUGUUCAUCUACCAGUCUCUGGACGCCAUUGAUGGGAAGCAGGCCAGGAGGACCAACAGCAGCUCGGCUCUGGGGGAGCUCUUUGACCACGGCUGCGACGCCGUCUCCACAGUCUUCGUUGCUGUGGGAACAUGCAUUUCGUGUGGCAUAGGAAGACACCCGGACUGGAUGUUCUUCUGUGGUUUCAUCGGGAUGUUCAUGUUCUUCUGCGCCCACUGGCAGACCUACGUGUCCGGGACCCUGCGCUUCGGCCUGAUUGACGUCACAGAGGUGCAGAUCGCCAUCACCAUCAUGUAUUUGAUGUCGGCUUUCGGAGGCGUGAGCCUUUGGCAGGCAACGUUGCCCGUCAUUGGAAUACAGAUGUUCGUCUUCCCCAUCAUCGGCAUCAGCGGCGGGGCCCUCUACUCCUGCUACAACUAUUUUUACGUCAUUUUGAACGGAGGCGUUGGCAAAAACGGCUCCACUGUGGCUGACACCAGUGUGCUGAGUCCCGGUUUGCACAUCGGCCUCGUCCUCACCCUGGCCUUCAUCAUUUUCAAGAAGUCGUCCAGCCAGCUGUUUGAGCUCCACCCGUGUUUGUACCUGCUCGCCUUUGGCCUGGUCACCUCCAAGAUCUCCAACAAGCUGGUGGUCGCACACAUGACCAAGAGUGAGUUGCACCUCCCGGACACGGCCUUCGUAGGCCCCGGCCUCCUCUUCCUCAACCAGUACUUCAACAGCUUCAUCGAUGAGCAUAUAGUCCUGUGGAUCGCCAUGGUCUUCUCCCUUCUGGAUCUAACGCGCUACUGUACCGGCGUGUGCCUCCAGAUCGCCUCCCACCUGCGCAUCCGCGUCUUUAGCAUCACGCCGCCGAGCCAGCUCCACCGCGACUGACGGCCUGCCCGGCGGGAGGAGGCGGGGGGAGACGCGGAUCUCUCCCCGCUCCUGAAAGCAGACGACGAGGAGGAAGAGAGAGCCUCCUCGACCCCGAGCCACUGCAGCCUUGACAAAGUGACCACUUCUGAUUAAAAACUGCCUCCUCCACAAGAAGGAAACAUAUAAACGACUCACAUCACUACAAACCAAAAAGGGAAAAGGAAAAAAAAAAAAGUUUUGAAAAGCAUGGAUCUGUUGAAACUGGAAGUGACGUGGAACCAGUUUCCCUUGAAUUGCUCAUCGGCUGUUGUAGCCGACAAGUUUUAAUUUUGAAAUCAUCGCAUGUGUUCAGAAAAAUACAGUUCAGAGUUUUACAUCUUCGUCCUGCUUAUUCAACUCGAAUACCAAAAUAUUUUUCUAACAGGUACUUUAUAGUUUGGGCCGAUAUUGAAGAAUAUUAUCUACUUUAAAUUUAAAUAUGUGGGGUUGUCAUAUAUUUCGGAAUCAUGAGUGCAAUAAGGUGAAUCUCUUUAAUAUAUGCCCAAACUAAAUGCAUCGGCUGUUGAAAGCUUUCUUGAUUUGUUUUGAUUCAUUGAAAUGAAUGUGACUCAAUCUGGCAAAAAUCAGGGCUCAAAAACCCAAAUGAAAAGUAAAAAAAAAAAAAAACAUGACCUCUAAAACCUCAAAUAAUUUCCAAUGAAUUUUGCAGUGUGGACUGGCAGGUUGUCAUCGCGUCGGGGCGACAGUCUGUGUUAGUGCUGAAAACAACGACAGGUUUUCUAUCAGGCGUCUCCUACGAACCCCUUUCAAUCAAUAUUGUCCUUCCCAGUUACUCAUCUCAUCCUUCAAUACUGGAAAAAUAAAAUACACCCCCCACCUCCCCCUCCACCCCCCUUUGCCUUUUAGAGCGCCGUCGACUGAUGAAGCAUUAACACACGACUUGUUCUGCUUUCUCUGUUCUUCUCCCUGAAGGGCUAAUAGCUAAUUAUAUGUGAUUGUACAGAAUUCAACUGAAAACGCCUUAAAUAUUUUUUGUUGUAAUUACGGUUUGACUUGUGAAUAUUUAAGACAGCUUUGUACAUUUUCCUUUUUUUCACUGAAGUAUCAAACCAGAUGCAACAGUAGUAAUAAUAUGCCACUGGACUUGUUCACACGUAAGGUUUCUUCACUUAUACAAAUGUAUAUUAUGUAUGGGGGACUGAUCCAUUUUGGUUCUUGAAGCUAUGUUGGUUUAUCAGUCAUUUCAUCUGAUUAAAUCUCAUUGAGUUGUGUAACCUGGUUUAUUCAUAUUUCAGGUUAUUUUGGUUCAAAAGGGAUAGUAGUGCUGGUAAAAGGAUAAAAGACAAUGGUACUCUUGAAUUUGAUUUGAAAAAGUGUCCUCUCAGUUUCUGCUGCUGCAGGAUCACGGACUAUAAAAGAUGGGCUCGUCCCAAACAUGAUUUCAGUAAAUUUACGAUGGACUUUGGAACUAUGCAUUGAAGUGUACAACCUUCAUUUUACCACCAUGUUGCACUGUUCAAUAAUACAGUAAAACACCUUUCUACUAACAGAUACUGUAUGAGUGGAAAAGAUUGUAAUAAAGACAAUAUUUUUCAUGUGAUGCGUUAUUGUCCACGCUGAACCAUUUACUUCAGGUGGCAAUCUGAAAGAUCGUCAUUUAAAUAAAUAGUCAAAGGGAAAACUAUUUUUCAACUUGACCCUAUUUA